AUGUUUCAACUCGCAACAGUAAAGGGUGACGUGUGCAAGUUGAGAGACGUUGUGAGAAACUGUGAGGAUAAAGAUCAACGUGACCGGCUAGGAAGGACAGCUCUUCAUUGGAGCGCAAAUUUUGGCAACACGCAGGCUGUGCAGAUAUUGCUAGAUGCAGGUGCAAGUCCGAAUUUACAAGAUGCCUCCAAGGAGACACCUUGUAUGCGGGCAUCUAAGCAUGGAUGGGAGGGGACAGUGAAGGCGUUUGUGGAACAUGAGACAUGGGAUGAGGUUGGCAUCGAGGGGCUCGCUGACUACCUGAUCAGGAGUGAAAAUCCAAAAAUGGCGGAUUUUCUUAUUGAGACCUUGGAGCAUGUGAAGAAUAAAUUUGAAAACAAGAUUUGGAAGAAGGUCGGAAGUUUUUUGAUUGAGAAGGCGACAUGGACACCAAGCUGGUAUGAUAAAAGAUUGAUAUGGGCAGCUGGAAUCGGAGAGGCAGACCUAGUUUCGCUGGUUCUGGACGAAGGAGCCGAUGUCAAUGCUGUUUCAGCGAAAGGUUCUGGAAGAACAGCCAUCCAGGCCGCCGUAGAAGGUGGCCACAAAGAGAUGGUCCAGCUGUUUCUAGAGAAGGGAGCUAAUAUCAAUGCUGUUCCAGCGAAAGGUUUUGGGAGAACAGCCAUCCAGGCCGCCGCAGAAGGUGGCCACAAAGAGGUGGUCCAGCUGCUUCUGGAUAUGGGAGCCAAUAUCAAUGCUAAGCCAGCACCAAUCUCUGGAAGAGCAGCCAUCCAGGCCGCUGCAGAAGGUGGCCACAAAGAGAUGGUCCAGCUGCUUCUGGAGAAGGGAGCUAAUAUCAAUGCUGUUCCAGCGAAAGGUUUUGGAAGAACAGCCAUCCAGGCCGCUGCAGAAGAUGGCCACAAAGAGGUGGUCCAGCUGCUUCUGGAUAAGGGAGCCAAUAUCAAUGCUGAUCCAGCACCAUUCUCUGGAAGAGCAGCCAUCCAGGCUGCUGCAGAAGGUGGCCAUAAAGAGGUGGUCCAGCUGCUUCUAGAGAAGGGAGCUAAUAUCAAUGCUGUUCCAGGGAAUAGUUUUGGAAGAACAGCCAUCCAGGCUGCUGCGGGUGGUGGUCAUAAAGAGAUAGUCCAGCUGCUUCUGGAUGAGGAAGCCGACAUCAAUGCUGAUCCAGCACCAUUCUCUGGAAGAGCAGCCAUCCAGGCCGCUGCAGAAGGUGGCCACAAAAAGGUGGUCCAGCUGCUUCUGGAUAAGGGAGCCAAUAUCAAUGCUGGUCCAUCAACAUUAUCUGGAAGAACAGCCAUCCAGGCCGCUGCAGAAGGUGGCCAUAAAGAGGUGGUCCAGCUGCUUCUGGAUGAGGAAGCCGACAUCAAUGCUGAUCCAGGGAAUGGUUUUGGAAGAACAGCCAUCCAGGCUGCUGCGGGUGGUGGUCAUAAAAAGAUAGUCCAGCUGCUUCUGGAUAAGGGAGCCAAUAUCAAUGCUCAUCCAGCACCAGUGUCUGGAAGAACAGCCAUCCAGGCUGCUGCAGAAGGUGGCCACAAAGAGGUGGUCCAGCUGCUUCUGGAUGAGGAAGCCGACAUCAAUGCUGAUCCAGGAUACACUUCUGGAAGAACAGCCAUUCAGGCCGCUGCAGAAGGUGGCAAUAAAGAGGCGGUCCAGCUGCUUCUGGAUAAGGGAGCCAAUAUCAAUGCUAAUCCAGCAUUCGAAUAUGGAAGAACAGCCAUCCAGGCCGCUGCAGAAGGUGGCCACAAAGAGGUGGUCCAGCUGCUUCUGGAUGAGGGAGCCAAUAUCAAUGCUGGUCCAUCAAAAUUCUCUGGAAGAACAGCCAUCCAGGCUGCUGCGGGUGGUGGUCAUAAAAAGAUAGUCCAGCUGCUUCUGGAUAAGGGAGCCAAUAUCAAUGCUCAUCCAGCACCAGUGUCUGGAAGAACAGCCAUCCAGGCUGCUGCAGAAGGUGGCCACAAAGAGGUGGUCCAGCUGCUUCUGGAUGAGGAAGCCGACAUCAAUGCUGAUCCAGGGAAUGGUUUUGGAAGAACAGCCAUCCAGGCUGCUGCGGGUGGUGGUCAUAAAAAGAUAGUCCAGCUGCUUCUGGAUAAGGGAGCCAAUAUCAAUGCUAGUCCAUCAGAAUUCUCUGGAAGAACAGCCAUCCAGGCCGCUGCAGAAGGUGGCCACAAAGAGGUGGUCCAGCUGCUUCUGGAUAAGGGAGCCAAUAUCAAUGCUGAUCCAGGAUACACUUCUGGAAGAACAGCCAUCCAGGCCGCUGCAGAAGGUGGCCACAAAGAGGUGGUCCAGCUGCUUCUGGAUAAGGGAGCCAAUAUCAAUGCUGAUCCAGGAUACACUUCUGGAAGAACAGCCAUCCAGGCCGCUGCAGAAGGUGGCCACAAAGAGGUGGUCCAGCUGCUUCUGAAUAAGGGAGCCAAUAUCAAUGCUAAUCCAGCAUUCAAAUAUGGAAGAACAGCCAUCCAGGCCGCUGAAGAAGGUCGCCAUAAAGAGGUGGUCCAGCUACUUCUGGACUAUAUAGCAACACAUUCCCCCUAA